AUGGCUCGUACGAAGCAGACCGCACGUAAGUCUACCGGAGGCAAAGCUCCACGAAAGCAGUUGGCGACAAAAGCGGCCAGAAAAUCGGCCCCUUCUACUGGUGGAGUCAAGAAACCACAUCGCUACCGUCCUGGAACCGUUGCUCUGCGAGAGAUCCGUCGUUACCAGAAAUCUACGGAACUGCUUAUCAGAAAACUCCCCUUCCAGCGAUUGGUCCGCGAAAUAGCACAGGAUUUCAAGACGGAUUUGCGUUUCCAGUCUGCCGCUAUAGGAGCACUUCAGGAAGCAAGCGAGGCGUAUUUGGUUGGCCUCUUCGAAGAUACGAAUCUGUGCGCGAUCCAUGCCAAACGCGUUACCAUCAUGCCUAAGGAUAUUCAGUUGGCUCGUCGCAUCCGCGGAGAACGCGCCUAA